AUGGCGAACUUCUUCCUGUGCCUUGUAAUCCAGCGAUUGGUUCUGCCGCUCAUUCUGGCAACAUGUUUGCUGAUGAGGCCGGUAGGACUAGCACUUCCGUACUUGAUCUUCCUGCUUGCGAUACCGUAUGUGCCUGUGGCGAACAAAAAAACUAUCCAGGGACCAACCGGGCUCUUCUUGCGGCUGCUGAUACUGUUCGUCGUCCUGAUACUGGUGGCCGUGAUCACCUUCCAGCUGGUGCUGAUCGGGUUUCCAGAAACGUCGUUCCAGAGCUGCCAGCUGGGCGAGAUCGUGCUGCGGCACAUCGGACUGGUGUCCUUUAACGGGCUCGAUCCAUGGAUGGUGGUGUACUGGAUGGCACCGGAGAUAAUUCUCGCCAUCAGUACGAUCACCAUCCUCGUCGUGCUCCGGAAGCUAACCGGUGCGUCCGGUGGUCGUCGGCCGACCAACGCUACGCCGGAUGCGACGGAACAGGGCACGAACAGCUCGCUACACGAAUCGGUGGUAACGGCAGAAGAUGAACCACCGGGAUCAGCGGUGGUCAGCCCGGAACGGUUGCCGUUCUUCACGAAGCUCGGUGUGCUGCUGUCGAUGUGCAUGCUGUGCGUCGCCGGAGUCCUGCAACCGUCCGCCCCGAGCGGGGUCUACUUCCUCGUGUUCCUGGGGGCCGCCUCCUGGUGGGCCUGCUACAAACAGUUAGAUAGGGCAUUCGGAAUAGUUUUAAAAGUAACACUAGCGUUUCUAGUCACGCACAUCGUGAUAUUUCUAACGUACCAGAACCCUUGGCCGCAGGAGUUUCUGCCGUACAAUGGGACGGUGGCCCGCGUGCUCGCCCUGAAGCCCAUCCUUAGCUCGUCGUGCGACCUGGCGAACGGAACCGACAUCCGGGACGUGCACUUCAACGCCAGUCUCGACACCGACGUUUACCUCAAUCCCAUUUUUCUGUUCUUAUGUUACUACUGCGUAACGAUGACGUCGUCGCUGUUACUGCGAACAAGAAGCGACACGGAGAAGGAGAAAAAGCGGCAGGAUCUGUCGAGUCAGCUCGAAAACGGUAUUCGGCUGCAAAACCAAAUCUCCUUCCGUAUGCACCGCAAGAACAUCUUGCGCAAAACGCUCACAAGCGAUCGGUGGCGUGGCGCUGCGCGGAAGGUUAAACUGAUGCGCCGUGGAACGCACCGAAUACGGGAUGCGUCGGCCGCGGACGGCAAAGGAACUGCUCAAACCGAUCAAAUAGCAUUAGACACGUUAGAUACUAAAGCCGCGAAUGUAAAUAUUUCAGAAGAGGAAGAACCGUCCAGCAUCUUCGAGCAAGCGUUGCUGGCCGUACGGAAUGUUGCCUCGUACAUCUACAUGAAUAGUUACAUCUUUACGAACGUCAUCAUGAUGGUUUGGAGUAUCAUGUACCACAGCUGGUUAACGUUCGUGCUCCUAAUCUGGGCCAACCUGAUCUGGAUUCUUCCGAACCACCGGAAAAAUAUGCUAAACUCCAGCCCGGUCCUGGUGAUCUACGCGGAGCUCCUUCUGUUGGCACAAUUCCUGUACGGUAUGAACCUAACGGAGGCCGAACUACCGACCGUGAUCGAUGGAUCGGGCAUUAAUUUGGAGCAGCUUGGUUUUGUGCGACGCCUCGAGUAUCCGUGUGUGCCGCUGCUCGUGAAGUCACUCUUCACCACCAUGUUCUGGAUCUCGUUGCGUCAGCAAAUCCAGGAGAAACACACCGAGCGGCGCGAAUCCAUGAUCGCCAACAUGGCGGCACCACUGCAGGUUCCGGUUGGGGCCGCCACGACGGCGGCCACCGGUCCAGCGUCGGCCACUGAUCGGGCCCAGGAGAAAAAGUCAUCUGCCGUGCUGACUCGAAUAGCAAAGUUUUUUAAAUCAUUCAUGAUCAAGUUCUGGAUCUGGGUGGUUGCCUUCACGCUCUUCCUAUCCGCCAUCAUCGGCAACCGGAUGACCGUCUUCCGGAUCGUUUACAUGGUACUGUUUCUGAUAUUUGUGCUUACAUUCCAGUUUUCGUUCAAAGUUUGGCGAAAGAUGAUGUACUCGUUCUGGUUGACGGUGAUCGUGUACUCGAUGUCCAUUCUGGUACUCGUUUACGUGCAUCAGUUCGAACAGUUUCCACGGUAUUGGGCGGCCAUUGGGAUAUCGAAAGAAUUACAAGAAGACAUUGGGCUAGAAAUUUUCAAAACCGGCCAACUGUUCCUGCACCUGGUUAACCCGACGUUGGUCGUUAUUAUAACUGUGAUUCAGCUGCAUUACUGUCAUGAUCGAUUUUUGAUCAUCAGCGAAAUUCCGUCCGUUCGUACUGAUACCGAGACAGAGGAACCCGUUACGGAGGGAAAUGCGUCCGCCUACGGAACGUUUCCGGGUGCUCCGAACCAACCGCACGACGUCGGGUCCGCUGAAACCGUGGUGAAAGAAGACGAGCAACCGAAAUCACCUCCCCUUUCCGCGAGGGAAGACGAUGGUUACGAAAAGUUGGAAGACUUUCGGUUCCGCAAGCUGUCGCGCCAGGAAAUAACGAGCUUUGCGCGGACCGCAUUCAAAGAGAUGCUCUGGUUGAUCGAACUGACGUGGCUCUUCUUCGAGAUCCACAUGCCAAAGAUCAUGCUGAUCGUGGCGUUCUCGCUGAGCGUGAAUUCGGUCAAUUUUUUGCACUUGCUGUACGUGGUGCUCUCGGUGUUCACCGUGAAGGCGCACACGACCGGAAAGCACACGGUGAUGCACCGUCAGCUGGUGAAAAUUACCCGCAUAAUGUCACUAUUCUCAGCUCUGAUGCUGAUUCUGACCAUGAUCUAUCAGGUGAAGUACAUUAAGGAGGAAAAUUUCCAAAGCGAAUGCCCGAACAUCGACGCAAACGCCACGCAAAUGGAGAUGAACAACGCGAAGUGGUUCGGAAUGGAGAAAGCAGGGACGGGGCAGACGCUUUCCGAUUUGUUGCGACCGUACCUGACGUAUCUCAUCAUCGUAACGGUACACGCCGUGACGGUGCUACGUCAAACGAUACAUCGCAUCCGGCUGGGACAAUCGCCCAAAACGCCGGAACUGAUGUUCCGCGAGAUUGUGCGCGAGGACGCCGACAAGGACAUUCCGCGGAUGGUCAAGUAUCUGUUCAAUUAUGGGUUCUUCAAGUUUGGCGUCGAAAUAACGCUCGUUGCACUGAUCGUUACCAUCGGCCAUCGGAUGGAUGUACUGUCGGUCGUGUACGCCGUCUGGUUGGCGGCAUUGUUCCCGCUGAGCCGUCAAGCUUUGCAACGUGUUUGGCAAGCCCUUUCGUGGUUCCUCGUGGUGAUCAUACCGCUGCAGUACUUGCUGUUCAUUGGGCUGCCCCCAUUGGCGUGCGUUGACUAUCCGUGGAUCAUUCCGCAGCUGGAUCACUUUCGAACGUGGGCCAUGCUGCCGGAAAAUACUGCCGAGUUUCGGGCGGCUGCACCGAAGAUGGUGGCCGAUUUUGUGCUGCUGAUUUUGCUGUGUCGCCAGACGGUGGUGUUUCGGUUGGACUCGCUGGCACCGCCCAACUACGGUGGUGGCAGUAAUCAGUCGGUGCUGGAAGACUUCCGCAAACUGGACGAGGGCGUGUUCCAGAAUCCGACACCCGACUUCAUUACGAAAACACGCAACUGGCUUGAUGUGCUGAAGCGAGGGUUGUUUCUGGUGUUCUUCUGGUUCACGCUGGCCAUCGUAUUUCUGAGUGGAUCCAGCCGCGUCAAUCUCUUCUCGAUCGGUUACCUGAUCGGAGCGUUCUUCUUCCUGUGGCAGGGAACGGACUUUUAUCUGCACUCCAUCGAGUACAUCCUCAAACGCUGGAACAUCCUGAUCUGGUACAAUGUGUUUGUCGUGACAUCGAAGGCGUUACUGCAACUCUUUGGUUGCCUGUUCCUUGAUCAGAUGAUGAACAACGCCUGCUGGGUGAUGCAACUGUUCGGCGUGACCUGUCUGUCAUCAUCCCUUCCGCCACCGCCAGCCGGAACAACGGACCCGAGUGAACAGCAAUGCAAUAUGCCCGAUCCGUCCGAUGCCGGGUUGUUUUGGGAUGGAAUGUGCUUUGCCUUCCUUCUGCUGCAACGACGCAUAUUCUCAAGCCACUACUUCUGUCACAUCAUCAACGAAUCGAAAGCGAGCAAAUAUCUGGCCUCAAGAGGCGCGGAACUGAUUGAAGAGCUUCGCAUCAAAGAGAGCACCCUGGAAGCGGAACGGGAGCGACAAAUCCUGGAGAAAAUCAAAGCCAAAAUGGAUCGCAUUAAAGCGACACAGCAAAGAAUUCUGGAGUCGGUGCAAGAUCCUGCCACCCAUGCCAUAGGAUACCAUACGCCGAUCGAGGACGAAAUAGCAGGCAAUUCGAUGUUUAUCGAGGGUGAAGGUCUCUCGGAUAUGCCGUCGGACAACGGAGGUCUAACGGUGGGGCGCGGAUCGUAUCAAACGCAGGUACCAUCGCCCAGUUCAGCUCUGAUGCCAUCGUCGCUGGAUGCGUAUUUGGAUCCACAGCGAAUGUCGUUCGAUUCGCCCAACGAUCUGAUGGCAAGGGUUUGUAGCCCAGACGAUACGUUUCCCGUGUUUUCGCCGCCUCCAUUCGAAAGGGAUCACCACGCUGCUCCUGCUACUGCGAACACGUUGAUGCCGCCCAGCAAGACCUCCCUACAGCACCGCCAACACCGGCGACAAUCCAGCCUUAAUGCUGUAUCGUGGCCGGCGAACCACGAGCUUACCGUUAGCCCGAAAAUGCAGCAUCGAAUCGUUGGUGAAGCGAAUGAAGAAGAGGAUCAACAACCAGCUCAAUCGCCGCGAUCACCUCGUUCACCCCGUUCGGCCACCUUUGCACCGAACCAACCACGCCACCGGCGGCUCUCGAGUAUGGGCUCUGGCUCGGGUGUGCCGGAUGAACCGAUCGGGGUUGACGGUGGUGGACGACGGCGGUCAAGCUUCUUGGUGUCACUGUACGUGGACGAUGACACACGGUACGAUGACGCUACGACCACCGCGAACGGUGGCAUCUCCCGAAGGCGGUCGCGGACGCGCAGUUUUUGGGGCCCGGUUGGCGAAGCUGCAUUGCGCGAUUCGAUUCGCUCCGCUCGUUCUCGCUCUCCCGUUUCCCAUCACGAAUAUACUGUCGACCAUAGGUCAAGUUUGAAGCGCAAAAUAUCGGAACACAGACCAACGGCGAUACGAUCUGGAGAUUACUACAUGUUCGAGGAUGUGGAGCAGGAGUUCGAGUUGGAAAUGAUCGAGGCGCGCGAUCGCGACGAUGACGAUCUCGAUGACAAAUCACCGACGGUGCGAAGGCUUAGCCAAAGAUUGACCCUUAGCAAGCUGGCUGCACAGUUGAAGCGGAAGAGAAUGCAAGAGUUGCAUGCCAUUGCACGCGGCAAAGCGGAUGAUAACGACGGCACGACCAGAGAUCCGACAUCUAGUGGUGCUCCAGUCGCAGGCACGGAUCCACUCAAGCGGCGCCGUCUUUCGUCGCCGGUCGUCUACCGUCGGCCAAGGUCCGAUGCCGGUGACCAGAGCGGCGGUCCUGGUACCACCGAGGGCGAUGAUAACGCCGCGGCCGUAGCAGAGCGAUCUGCAAUUUCCGAACCAAUACCACGUCAUACUCAUUCUGGUCCACGGCUACGCAAACCGACCACCGCCGAUGACCUGGAUGAACAGCAAGCCGGUACCAGUAAGGAGCUGCACGCUCAGCAUUCCAUCACGGAUGAAGAAGCGCGCCUGCUGAGCGACGAGGAAGAGGAAGCUGAUGGUGGCAAGCCACCGCCGGUGGAGGAAAAGAAGAGCAAAUUUUCACUGUCCGGGCUGGCGCUUAUCCCGGCCUUCCUGGCCGGUGCGAUCGGUUCGCUGACGCUACGGUUACACCGUGUUUCGCGUAACUAUCGCUACGUGAUGCGCGUACUGACGCGCGAAAAGCAGGACCUCAAGGAAACACCCGGUUUCGGGGUUGGCAUUCGGGAUAAGGACGGUGUGUGGACACACUACGUCUCGAGAUCGGGCAGCAGUCACGCAGAGGCCGACUCACAGUCACGAUCAAGUAGCGGUAGUCUAAUGUCCCGCCACGGUUCUCCCACCGCCAGUAGCCGGCAUGUACACAGUAGUAACGCUAACCAUGAUCACCCGGAACCGGUGUCGAUUCCACCUUCGCCAGCCAUAUCGUCCAUCACAACACAGCCGGCCACUGCCACCAGCGGACCCAGACAGACAACGCUGCGCGACGAACAAGACUACACUGUACAGCAGCGCGAUACAGGACUGCAUCAGGUCGGUGGAUUGGGUGUAGCGUUAGCGAUGAUCAGCCGUAAAGAUCCGCUAAAGGACGACAAAACCGAUGGAAGCUCAACGGAUGCCAUCAAGCGCACACUAGACGAGGUUAGUUCCGAGGAGGAUUUUACCACCCGGAAACACUCGCUGAUCGUGGAACUGCUCCAGGCGGCGUGGUACGCCAUAAUGUCGCACACAGAUUUUAUUUGCUACUUGGUAGUGUUCCUCAAUCAGAUUAAUUCGGCCAGUUUGCUCUCGCUGCCACUGCCACUGAUGGUGACGCUAUGGGGUACGCUAACGUUUCCGCGGCCCUCACAAACUUUCUGGACCAAGCUGAUAGCGUACACCCAGACGGUGGUGCUCAUCAAGUGUAUCUGUCAGUUCGAGAUGCUCUGGUGGAACCAGACGCCGAUCGCAUCCAAUCAACCGUUCCACCUGGCGCGCCUGUUCGGCAUCGAACGAAAGAACGGAUACGCCACGUACGAUCUGAUACUGUUGCUGAUGCUGUUCUGCCAUCGGUUCAUCCUGAAAUCACUCGGACUGUGGAAAUCGGACCCCACGGAGGAGCCCUCCCUCAGGGAAGGCAUGUACCAAGUCGAUCCGAAUGACGAGCGCACCAAAGCGAUGAUGCUGAUGGCCGAAGAGAACGAGAAAACCCGAGACACGUUUGAGGUUCGGCAGAAAGACGAGCUUGCGGGAUUGUCGAUGGUAAAAGUUAACGAAACAGCAGGUCCGAUGCCCCCGGAUGAUGAGCCACACAGCGAGACCACACAGCUGUGUGUUUCCAUCCAGCCGGAACCGAUCAAAAAGUACUACCCGCAGAUAGUGAAGGAAUCGUUCGGGAACUACACUUCCUCGCUGAAAGCGUUCUUCAGCCAGCUGCUGGAUCGCCAGUCGCGCAAAACGGCUGACGUGUACGGAUACAUGUUCCUCUGUGAUUUCGUGAACUUUUUCGUCAUUCUGUUUGGAUUCUCUGCAUUUGGGACACAAGAAGGAGACGGUGGCGUGCUGUCGUAUUUCGAGGAAAACCGUGUACCGGUGACGUUCCUGCUGAUGCUCAUCAUUCAGUUCUUCUUGAUCGUAGUCGAUCGAGCGCUCUACCUGCGCAAAAAUAUCAUCGGCAAAAUACUGUUUCAGUUUUUCCUCAUCAUCGGGCUGCACGUGUGGAUGUUUUUCGUCCUACCGGCCACAACCGAGCGUAGCUUCAACGCGACCACCCCUCCAAUCCUCUACUACACGAUCAAGUGCUUCUAUCUUCUGUUUUCGGCCUAUCAAAUCCGGUGCGGCUAUCCGGCGCGCAUUUUGGGCAACUUCCUGACGAAGGGCUUCACGAUGGCCAACUUUUCCGGCUUCAAACUGUUCAUGACGGUCCCGUUUUUGUUCGAACUGCGCACGCUAAUGGACUGGAUCUGGACCGACACCUCGAUGACGCUGUUCGAUUGGCUUAAGAUGGAGGACAUCUUCACGAACGUGUACCAGCUGAAGUGUAUGCGCCAACUGGAGGAAGAUUUACCAGCUCCGCGCGGCCAAAAGAAGGGCGCGAUGGUGAAGUACCUGAUGGGUGGUGGCAUGAUGUUGGGCAUCAUCUUUCUCAUCUGGUUCCCGCUGGCGCUGUUUGCGUUCAGCAAUGCGGUAGGUGAACCGAACAUACCGUACGAUGUGUCGGUCACGUUGCGCAUAGGACCGUACGAACCGGUGUACAUGAUGAGCGCACAGGAUAACAAUAUUCAUGGGUUAACGGAAGAAAAUUGGGGCAACUUUACGGCCCCGUACGGAACGGAACGUACGGCCCUUACCUUCCUUUCUAACUAUGAACCGGCCGACAUAGCGGCCGUCAAACUUGGUGCCAAUUCAACUACCAUCUGGAACAUAUCACCGCCGGAUCGCGAACGGUUGCUGAACGAUCUGAAGUCGAACGUGACACUCACGUGCCGUUUCCGGUACACGAUCAGCCGGGUGUCACAUUCGAAGGAAAAUCCGGGCAUCGUUUCGGAGGAGCGAGGGUUCGAGCUCGGUCCGGGACCAGCCCGUGAUUCACUGGUCAAGAUGCUGACGGGCGACACGGAAGAGGUGGUGGUGCUGCCAAAUUUGAUGCCAAAGUUUUUACGAGUCCAAAACAGUGGCUCAGUGAAACCGAUUCAUCAGUUGAUCAAAAAUGUUAACUCGGACUCGGACGAUGCCAACUACCGCCAUCUGAAACUGCGAUUGCUUCAGACCCAGGUCGAAAACACGAUACCGAUGCAGUGGUGGGAAUCGCGCGAAGACUGCAGUGACACGCUGUACGAGAAGUAUCUGGCCCGGCUACCGUACGCGGAUUGCGCCAAUUAUCUGGUGAUGUACAUGUUCAACGACAAGAUUUUCCCCAGCACUAUCAGUUCCAUCGCCGCCGGAGGCAUCAUUGGCAUUUACUCCACGAUGAUUCUUGUGUUCUCGCGCAUGCUUCGCACGAGUAUCUUCUCCGGUGCGAGUUCCAAAAUUAUGUUCGAAGAUCUACCGUACGUCGACCGGGUGGUGCAGCUCUGCCUGGACAUCUAUCUGGUGCGCGAGUCGUGCGAGUUCACCCUCGAGGAGGAUCUGUUUGCGAAACUGCUCUUCCUCUACCGCUCACCGGAAACGAUGAUCAAGUGGACGCGACCGAAAAACGAAGAAGGUGGCGACGAUGAAACGGACACGAUGGCUGACGUUCCAACGUCUCACCCGAAACAGGAAUAGACGGUUCCGGUCUCCGCAAGCC